CAAACUCGUCAUCAAAAUAUUGAGCGUCGGACAUUCCCUUGAAAAAGGUCGUUGGUCGCGGAAUUGUAGUAGCUUAGUCAUGUCUUCUAUCGGUAGUGGGUAUGACCUUACUGCAUCGCAGUUCUCACGAGGCGGAAAUGUUUUUCAGAUAGAGUAUGCCUGUAAGGCUGUCGAAAAUAGCGGGCAAGAAAUAACGUCAUUAUUUUACCCAUGUUUUUAGUACAGCCAUCGCUAUCCAAGGUAAAGACUGUGUAGUUUUUGCUGUGGAGAAUAUUGUCACAUCAAAACUUUACGAGCCUGGUUGUGUUAAACGGAUUUAUAAUAUUGAUGACCAUAUCGGGAUGGUGGUGAUGGGAUUUCAAACUGACGCCAAGGCAAUCGUUGAGGCAGCCAGAGAAGAAUGCUCAAAUUAUCGUAAUAGCUUUGGAAGCCGUAUACCUCUCUAUUCUCUGACGGAACGACUGGCUAUGUACAUGCACGCUCACACACUUUAUAGUGCGGUCAGACCGUUCGGUGUAUCAGUUUUGCUUGGUUCCUACGAAAACGAUGGUCCUCAUUUGUUCGUGAUAGAGCCUUCCGGGUUGUCUUUUGCUUAUUUUGGCUGUGCCAUCGGAAAAGCCAAACAAAAUGCAACAACUGAAAUAGAGAAACUGAAGAUGAAUGAUUUGUCUCCUGAAGAAUUAAUCAAGGAAGCGGCCAAAAUAAUUUAUACCGUUCACGAUGAAAUUAAGGACAAAAAUUUUGAAUUGGAUCUUAGUUGGGUUGGUGCAAAUACAAAGGGUAUACAUCAACCUGUUCCCCGCAAACUCUUUGAUGAAGCAGAGACAUUCGCCAAACAGGCUUUAGAAGAAGCUGAUGAUUUAGAUGACGAAGUGGAAUAAACUAUGUACAUUUAUUAUUUUCUAAAUAUAAGUUUUUUGAACCACAUAUCUUC